AUGGAUACAUUAAGAUGGCCUGCCAUCAUUUUUCGGCGUUUGGAUGUGUUCUUCUUGAUAAAAGGGUCCUCCCUAGGGAUCAAAAGAACUGGUCAUGUGCCGGCCACCACCUACGUGUCGCCGAUUCCUCGCAAGGCCUACGAAAGAAGUCGAAGCGCUUCCAGAAGAGGAAUCGACCUUCUGAAAGAGGCGACCACGCCGCCCGGUAUCAAGGUUAGCUUCCACAUCAACCUGGCCACACUCCUUUGUCCAGGUGCAUGAAGCGUCGUCGAACAGAGCCUUCGACCUCCGACAUUCGCGAUGUCGCGUCGAGAAGAUGACGACGACGGGAGCUCGACGGGUGUCGCCUCCAGACUUUGGGAAACUCCAUGCGCAGGUUUUCAAUUCAAGACUCCGUUCAUAGAUGGGCAAGUACAGAACUCCUUCGAGGAGGGUUAGUUUACACAACUAUGUCGAAAAUCAGGAAUACGAUGAUCUUUCAACUUCAGGAAUCUCUACAGUGUUAAAAAUCAAUAUCAUAAAUGAACCUUUCAUUUCAAUUUUUUUAAUGAAUAAAUUUUUUUCAAAUUUGCAUUCAUAAACUCCAGAUGGAUGAGAAACUGCGGAAAACUUCUCCGAAGCCGACAACAGUCGCCGUGCCGUUCAACUUCGUCAAGCCGCCCGUGUCGCGACAUCGCGACUGUGUCGCAGAGACGACAUCGCCUCAGCCCAAGCCUUGGCGACGUUCCAAAUCUUCGGUUUCACGGACGCCAGUCGUCGUUUCGAACUAUGCGGCUCAGCUUCGAGAAGAGCUCAAUAGGUAAACCAGCCUAGGAACGUCAGAGUGCUCCCCAGAGUGGUAAACUUAGAGACUUAUUUAGGCUCCUCUCAAGGAACCACUUAAGUUUCAGGAGUUAGACUCUAAACCUAUAGAGACCAUUUAAAUUAUAGCCUUCCGUCAACUGUAGGUUUUUUCUUCUACUCCUAGAGUGAUCACUAUGGCGUUCGUAAGAAUGAAAGGAAAGUUUUAAAAUGUAUCAUUUCGAAGGGCGAAGCAAACCGAGAUCAAUGGAAACAACAACGGAAACGUGUGGUCGGAGACUAACAAACAGAAGGUGGCCGCUUUUCUUGCAUCGCGGAGCAAGAGCAGCGAGGACAUUGCGGCGAGGACCAGAGAGAAAAUGUGAGAUUUCUUGAAAAAUAUCUUCAAGAACCAGUGAAGAAAAAAAAACAACAAAACUUCAAUUAACCUCAAAACUUGUCCGCUUGAAAAUUUCUCUCUAAGCUAGUUUGUGUAGACUGCAGUUUUCUGUACAUUUCAGGCUUAAUUUCAUUUACAUAUAAUAUAUGAUCUUCAUUAUUCAAGAUCUGAAAGUUGUUAAGGGUCUUUCCAAACUCCAAACUAUUGAUGGAACAUAUUCACGACUUUUUUGAAAAAAUAAAGAGAAGUUUAAUUUCAAAUCACACCAUUCAAUCGUUAUUUCUUUUGUCCAGUCAAAAGCAUUUCCUUUCUUCCGAUAAAUCACUAAUUAUCUGAAGCUAGCCUCGAAUCGAGUAUUAACUUCAUUAUGGAAUCAUUGCAGGCAGCAGCAAAAAGAACGGACGCGCGACUAUUUGCGACAACUAGCCGAAAUGAAGCAAAGGUACCAGAAGAACCUUAGUCGUUUUCAUAGGAGUCAAGUUGUUCACUGUUUCAAAACUCCAAAAGUUUGGAGUAAAAUUGUUCAAUUUUUUUUCCUAUCAAGACGCGAUAGUUGCCUAAAAGAAGCGUCUGAAGAGAAUAUUUCAGAGUUUUAAACGGUCCCCUGGUCAUGGAAAGACAGACGGCGCUGGCACAGGAGCACCGUUUCCAACGUCGGUUCCAACAGCGGAUGAGAAGCGCCAAUCUACGGAUCGAUACCGAGAAAAAUGUGAAUUCAUUAACCCGAUUUCAGGAAGGAAAAAGUCAUUUUUAGAACAAUCACAAGCGACUAUCGCGUCACGACUCCCAGGCUUCUAACGCGACUUUUGUCGCCGUCGGGCAUUCCUCGAAUCAAGAUCAUCAAGACAGUCUCCAGAAUCCCUACGACGAUUCUUCCGAAUCUGAACUCGCUCCUUCCAAGGAAAAGUCCUCCGCACAGAAUUCGGAACGAAGUUCGGUUUCUUCUGGAAGUUCAUCGUCAAAAUCUUCCGCUUCUUCUUCGGCCUCCACGUCUUCUUCAGCUUCUUCCCACGGCUCCCGCUCAACUUCCUGA